AUUUGCACCUCUGCCAUCCGAUUAACACUGAUGCGUUAAUCGGUUAGAUUAACGGGGAAUUUCUCCUUUCUUAUAGCAUAUAGAUUGUCAAGGCUUCCUCCUCUAGAAGAUGUCAUUCAACGUUUUGAAGUCCUCUGCAGCAGCGGUCUCAUGGAAAUCAACGGGAAACCUUCAAAAAACACUAGCCAGAUGCAUAGAAAAGCAUGGCGUCGGCCUACACUCAGGCAGACCAACCAAGAUCAAAAUAUGGCCGGAGUUGGCAAAAAAAGGCAGGUAUUUUCAAGUGGGUUCAAAUGUAAUUGAAAGUUCAAUCAAUUUUGUCAAAGAAUCGCCUCUUUGUACAACGCUUUGUAAAGAUGGUGUUAUGGUUACCACCGUUGAGCAUCUGCUUUCGGCUUUGGAGGCAUUUGGGGUUGAUAAUUGUCGCAUUGAGAUCACCCCUAGUAAUCCAAAUGAACCUGGCGUCGAGGUGCCUAUAUUGGAUGGUUCGGCAAGGGAGUGGGUGAAGGCAAUUGAAGAAGCUGGCUUGGAGGAUGCUACUGAUGAGAACGGUAAUAAUUGUGAGAAGAUGGCACCAUUUGUUAAUGAGCCUAUUCAUUUAAGGAAAAAUGACUCAUUCAUCGCAGCUUUUCCAUCCGAGGAGAUUCAUAUUACUUGCGGCAUCAAUUUUCCGGAGGUGCCUUCCAUUGGCUGCCAGUGGUUUUUUUCCAGAAAUUUUAACAGGUCUUUCUAUGCAACAGAUAUAGCUUCUGCCAGAACUUUUUGUGUUUAUGAAGAGGUGGAGAAGAUACGUGAGAUGGGACUCAUAAAAGGCGGAUCACUAGACAAUGCUAUUGUUUGUAGUGCCUCAAAAGGUUGGCUAAACUCCGCACUGCGUUUCCAUGAUGAGCCUUGUCGCCAUAAAGUCUUAGAUCUUAUUGGUGAUCUCUCUAUUUUUGCAAAAUCUGGUAAUCAAGGGCUUCCCGUAGCACAUAUUGUUGCUUAUAAGGCUGGUCAUGCUUUGCAUACAGAUCUUGUUCGCCAUCUAACCUGACCUCCAAUUAAGAUAUAGAGUUGUAGACGCCUGCUCAAGGAUUUGCUGAUGAAAUCAACUUUAUCUUGUCCAUCCAGAGGAGUUAUUUAAUCCAAAGCUGUGAAAUGAAGAGCGUUGUUCAUUUUCUUUUGGGUAAAUAGAGAACCACAAAGGGGCCGCACAUAGCUUGGAUUUGAUCUCUAGUCUGGGUUUUUAUUUCAAGACUUUACCAACAAGCUGCCUCACAUUUACAAUGAUUGAUUACGUCCAUUCCUCGUGCCUCUUAGACGGUAGGAUUUCAUCUAAACCUCUCAAGUGUAGAUGACAGUAUUCUAAUAAUCUCUCCAUUCUCCUAAGUUUUUACUCACUUUCUUUUUUGAAGUGUUUUUCUAAGUGUUACUCCUCCCUAUUUUUUGUAGGAGUUAAACUUGCUACUUCCGAUUGUAUUUUUUUCAGUCACACUUCUAUUUUUAGUAACUUUUACUCCUACUCUUCAAUUAUUCAUUAUUUUUUUACUUUCCUAUGACCCUAUUUAAAAUUAUAAAUAAUUUCAUUUUUAAUAAUAUUUACACCCCAUUUGUUUUUUU